UCGAGCGCCGAGAGAGCUAGCUGCUGUUGGAGCGCCGGGUGUGCCUGCCGUUGCGGUUCAGCUGUACUGGUUGUGGGUGCUGAGUGGAUUCGCUAUUAUGGGCUUGGGCACCAGCGCCGAGGAGCCCACCGGCGGCACCGAGGGUUUCCACCUAUUCGAGGUACAGGAGAACUCCCCAGCCCAGAAGGCAGGCCUGGAGCCCUACUUUGACUUCAUCCUCACCAUUGGGCACUCAAGACUGAACAAGGAAAAUGACACCCUGAGGGCACUGCUGAAGGCCAACGUGGAGAAGCCUGUGAAGCUGGAGGUAUUCAGUAUGAAGACCAUGAGGGUGCGUGAGGUGGAGGUGGUGCCCAGCAACAUGUGGGGCGGCCAGGGCCUGCUGGGUGCCAGUGUGCGCUUCUGCAGCUUCAGCAGAGCCAACGAGUACGUGUGGCACGUGCUGGAUGUGCAAGCAUCAUCACCUGCUGCUCUUGCCGGCCUGCGGUCCUACACAGACUAUGUGAUUGGCUCAGACCAGAUCCUCCAGGAGUCUGAAGACUUCUUUACGCUCAUCGAAUCCCAUGAGGGGAAGCCCUUGAAGCUGAUGGUUUAUAACUCUGAGACUGACUCUUGUCGGGAGGUGACUGUAACUCCCAACGCAGCCUGGGGUGGAGAUGGCAGUCUGGGGUGUGGCAUCGGCUACGGGUAUCUACACCGGAUCCCAACUCAGCCCCCCAACCACAAGAAGCCACCUACUGCCCUGCCACCUGAUGCCCUGCCAGCUGGUGCUCCACCUGACCCUCUGCUAGUUGGUACCCUGCCACCUGAUGCCCCACUACCUGGUGCCCUGCCACCUGAUGCCCCACUGCCUGGUUCCCCCCUAUCUGGUACCUUAUCACCUGAUGCCCCACUGCCUGGUACCCCACCACCUGAUGCCCUACUACCUGAUUUCCUGCCACCUGGUGCCCUGCCACCUGAUGCCCUGCUCCCUGGUGCCCCACUACCUGCUGCCCUAUUACCUGGUGCCCUGCUGCCUGGCACCCCACUGCAUGGUGCCUUACCACCUGGACCCUCCCCACUGGACUCUCCAGCCCCAGAGAUGGGUUCCAGGCAGAGUGAAUAUAUGGAGGCCCUAUUGCAGGCCCCUGGUUCCCCCAUGGAGGACUCACUUCCUGAACCUGGGAGUCCCAGCCAUGGUGCUCCAGACCUUGUGGGACUUCCACGUAUGGAGACUCCUCUUCACCCUCCACCUCCAGUGCAGCGAGUCAUGGACCCAGGCUUCCUGGACGUGUCAGGUAUUUCACUCUUGGACAGCAGCAAUGCCAAUGUGUGGUCCAGCCUGCCCUCUUCCACAGUGUUGACUUCCACAGCUGUCUCAGCCUCAGGGCCAGAGGAUGUCUGCUCUAGCAACAGUUCUCAUGAGCGGGGUGGUGAGGCCACAUGGUCUGGGUCAGAGUUUGAGGUCUCCUUCCUAGACAGCCCAGGUGCCCAAGUCCAGCGGGACCACCUGCCACAACUGACUCUUCCUGACAGUCUCACCUCUGCAGCCUCACCAGAAGAUGGGCUAUCUGCUGAGCUUCUAGAAGCUCAGGCUGAGGAGGAGCCAGCAAGCACAGAGAACUCAGAUUUUGGGGUAGAGGCUAAGGGGCUGGCCAUCCAGCCAGGCCCAGAUCUCUAGCCCAGAAUAAUACUCUGGGCUGUAACAGGGUCCCUAAUGACAUUUCACGCAGCCCAGAUGUGGGCAGGUAGCCCAGCCCUGUGGAUUCAGCUUCCUAAGCUGCAGCUCCAGGUGUGAUGUGCAGGAACUUCUGCUGGCUGAGGGCUUUUGUGUCUGCUCAGACACUACUGGUUUCCAUGAGAUGGCCUCCCAGAAUUUAUCCUGCUUGAUGGUCCUGGCUUUGGGGAUUUCUAACAAGUCUUUCUGGGGUGGUAGAGGGCUAGGAACAGUGUCCCCGAUUAAAUACGUUUUGCAGGAGCUAGGGUAGAAGAGGAUGGAUUCCCUGUACAGGUGAGGUAUGAAGCUUCAGUGUAUAGUCAGAGGUGGCCAUGGACCUUGGGGGAGGGCCUCUUUUGGCCAUGCCCCCUCAGGUCCAGUGUUUGCUCCUGCUCUGGUCACUGGGGCUGCCCAAAGAGGUAGCAGAGUCAUGUCAUAAUCCAGCAUGUAGAUGGGGUAGGGAAGGAAGGGCUGGUAUUGCCUAUUGGCCUGAUUGCUUUAAUAGGGCUUGCCGUGAUCAUUCCUGCACAGCUCAGCUAGCCCUGUCUGUACUGGAAAGGACCCCCAAACUCUGAUCACUGAUUCCUCUGUCAUGUGCCAGCGUCCCUAUACUUCCACAGUUGGCUCAGGUUAGCUAACAUGCCAGUCAAGGUUGCUUACCCCUCCUGGAAGGAGGGUAUUGGAAGUUUUAGGCCUUUUAGCAGAGACUCACUUGUGUCAGACCACCAUGUUUCUUCUUCCUCAGAGCCUAUACUCUACAGCAGGCAUCCUCAAACUGCGGCCCAUGGGCCACAUGAAGCGGUGUGAAUUGUAUUUGUUCCCGUUUUGUUUUUUACUUCAAAAUAAGAUAUGUGCAGUGUGCAUAGGAAUCUGUUCAUAUUUUUUUUUUUUUUUUAACUACAGUCCGGCCCUCCAACGGUCUGAAGGACUGUGAAUUGGCCCCCUGUUUAAAAAGUUUGAGGACGCCUGCUCUACAGACUUAGUAUUUCCAGUGGCAAUACCUGUUGGCCCCCAAACUUAAACAACUAUGUCUUUUAAAUAUAUAAGGCAUCCAGCUAGCCCCAGUAGUGAAUACAAGCGGCAAAUUUAAGUUUACCAUCUUAAGCAAACUCUCAAAGCCAACUAGGUCUCUUUACACAGGAGGAAUUGGGGCAUAGACAAGAGUAAGUAAGAGUCCUUCUGUUCUUCCCUAUAGUAUAAGAGGAAGCUAUUCUCUCCACCCCUAGGUACCUUUGGGGUGGGGCCUCUGCUCUGCUUAGUUCCUGCAGAAGAGGAGUGCUCCAUCUAGACAUGGCCCCUUAUUAACUGCAGUCUGAUGCUGCUUUGACUGGAUCCUCAACUGUCCCAUACUCCUUGCUAAUUACUGUGAGAGUUACCAUUGGUCUUGUCUUCUAGCUUGUGCCCACUUGAGAGUUUCACUUAUCCAGCAUGAUUUGUAAUGUCUGUGUACAUACAGGGAACUCACAGCUCUGUCAGGUCUGUAGGACAAGGGCUAUCUGUUGGGGGGGUGGGGGUGGGGCGGGGAAGGACCUCAAAUCAGCAAAUACUAAGUUUUAAGCACUAUGACUACAUUAAACGAGCCCUUGUCAAUUCUACUGGUGCAGCUGAUAAGCUUGUAGAACAGUAAGCCAUUGUGUCCUGGACCGUCUGGGAGCGCAGUGUCAAGUCUGCAGGAAUGCAGGAAGUAGAGCGGGAAUCUACUCCUCAGCACUGUUCCAGGGCCAGCUUCGGUUAACUCCGCAGCCUGGCAGUCUAACCCAAAGUUGCUCUCACCCGAAGGUUCUGGCUCUUUCCUCCCUUUUACUUUCCUCUCCUUCACAAAUUGGGGGAUAAAAUGGGUAUCAAUCCUAAUUUCCAGGGUGAACAUGAAACCAGAGGUUUCCUUCUCCGUAAUCUACAAUAAAGGAAGAUGACAAGUGGAAAAAAUGUAUACCACACUUGGAAAUAUUUUAACUAAAGCCUUUAUUCUAUACAACUGAAAUACAGAUUUUUACCCUUUUGGCAUUGCAGACUGUCAAAUUUUCUGGAACUUGUAUUACUGGAGGGGAAAUGACUACAGUCAUGCUGGGGGUCAGAUCUAUGACAGGGAGGGAAUGCAACCACCCAAGGCUCAGCACACAGGGCAAAAAUAACCCAGCAAAAUCUGUUUCUUUAGCUCAAAGGCCCCUGUGCAAACACAACUGAGGGCUGGUAAAUGAGUUUUUUUUUUUUUCUUAUUAAUUCACAACUAUUGCUAAAAAAUGUGCACCAAAAGUGCACUGUUUUAUCCAACAGAUAGAAAGGACUUUU